GCUCUAGGUUUCCGGAAGAGAGCUCCCAUGUGGAAGCUGCGGUGAGGAGUUACGAGUGGCGCCGCAAUUGCUAGGUCUAGACCCCGCUCCCAUGAAAGAUGACGUCCUUAGCCCAGCAGCUUCAGCGACUUGCCCUCCCUCAGACUGACCCCAGCCUCCUGUCUAGACAUGAAGUAGCCUCUCUGUUGUUUGACCCCAAGGAAGCGGCCACCAUCGACAGGGACACCGCCUUUGCCAUCGGAUGCACCGGCUUGGAGGAGCUACUUGGAAUUGAUCCUGCUUUUGAGCAGUUUGAAGCACCAUUGUUUAGCCAGCUCGCAAAAACCUUGGAGCGCAGUGUGCAGACCAAAGCAGUGAAUAAACAGCUGGAUGAAAACAUUUCAUUGUUCCUCAUUCACUUGUCUCCUUACUUCCUGCUUAAGCCAGCACAGAAAUGUCUGGAAUGGUUGAUUCACAGGUUUCAUAUCCAUCUUUAUAAUCAAGAUAGCCUCAUUGCUUGUGUUCUGCCAUACCACGAGACAAGGAUAUUUGUGCGGGUGAUACAGCUUCUAAAAGUUAAUAAUCCAAAGCACAAAUGGUUUUGGUUGUUUCCAGUUAAGCAGUCUGGAGUGCCCUUAGCUAGAGGAACAUUGGUUAUGCAUUGCUACAAAGACCUUGGAUUUAUGGAUCUAAUUUGCAGUAUGGUGACAAAAUCUGUGAAGGCUUUGGCUGAGUAUCCUGGCAGCCCAGCUCGGUUGAGGGUGCUCCUGGCUUUCUAUGCUUCCACCAUUGUGUCUGCUCUGGUGGCUGCUGAGGACGUGUCAGACAAUUUAGUCGCCAAACUGUUCCCAUACAUUCAAAAGGGAUUAAAAUCAUCUUUACCAGACUACAGAGCUGCCACAUGCAUGAUAAUCUGUCAGAUUUCGGUGAAAGUGACCAUGGAAGAUAGCUUUGUGAACACGCUGGCAUCACAGCUCAUCCGAACAUUGACCAAGGUUCCCUCCCAGGUCAAGGAUGGAUUAGGUUGUUUGAUCAUUCUCCUGCAGAGACAGAAGCCAGAGAGCCUCGGGGAGAAGCCAUUUCCUCACUUGUGUAAGGUUCCGGACCUCAUUGCAAUACUUCAUGGGAUUUCUGAAAGGUAUGAUGUCAGCCCUCUUCUGCGCUACAUGCUUCCCCAGCUGGUUGUCUCCAUCAUUCGUCACAUUACAGGAGAAGAAACUGAAGAGAUGGAGGGUCAGAUCUAUAAGAGACACUUAGAAGACAUACUUACAAAAAUACCUCUGAAGAACAACUUAGACCACCUGUUGGCUAGCCUUCUUUUUGAAGAGUAUAUUUCAUACAGUUCUCAAGAGGAAAUUAGUCAGAAUAAAGUGUCUUUGCUAAAUGAACAGUUACUUCCACUCAUCAGGCUUUUAGAGAAUAGAUACCCCAAAGCAUUAGAUAUUGUGUUAGAAGAACGCCUGAAAGAAAUUACAAGUCUGAAAAAGCAGGAGCUUUUCCACCAAUUUAUUUCUCUUUCCACAAGUGGAGGAAAGUACCAGUUUCUAGAGGAUUCAGAUACCUCUUUGAUGCUCAGUUUGAAUCAUCCACUGGCUCCUGUGAGACUUCUGGCUGUCAAUCAUCUGAAAAACAUCAUGAAAACAUCAAAGGAAGGCAUUCAAGAGUCUUUCAUCAAAGAAGCUGUUUUAACCCGAUUAGGUGAUGAUAAUAUAGACGUUGUUCUGUCAGCCAUAAGUGCUUUUGAGAUUUUCCAGCAGCACUUUACUGCAGAAGAGACUGUUCCACAUCUUCUGAAUCUCUUUCAGAGAGCAGAACUCUCAAAGAACAGGGGAUGGUACAAGGUACUUGAGCUAGCAGCAAACAUUUUAAUUAAAGAAGAGAUACUGAGUGAAAGUGAUGACUUGUCAAAUCAGGUGGUUGUACAUUUGCUGCCUUUUAUGGUCAUUACUAAUGAUGAUAUGGAAUCUCCUGACAUGAAAAUUGCUGUGUAUUUGUCAAAAUCAGGAAUUUGUUCUCUGCACCCUCUAUUAAGAGGAUGGAAAGGAGCUCUUGAAAAUAUGAUUAAAUGUAGAAAGUCGGAGAAAUUAACUGGUGUAGCCAAUCAGAAGAUGAUUCAGUUGCUGGCUUAUAAUAUAAGUUCAGGAAACCACUCUUCAAUGUUGAAGAUGGUGGAUGAGUUAAUAAGUGCGGGGGAAAAGGAGUCCUGCAAUCUGAAGCAGAAAGUGACAUUUCAUGUGAUUAUGUCUGCACUUAUUUCUUGCUGUUCGUACUUACAAGAAACUCGCUUUCAGUUUGCAAUGAGAGUCUUCAGUUUGUUGCAGAAAACAAUGAAGAAGCUUGAAAGCAUCAUUACAGCUGUGGAAAUCCCCUCGGAAUGGCACCUGGAGCUAAUGCUGGACAAAAGCUUGCCAGAGGAGCUGUGGAUACAUUACAUAGAGCAGCUCCACAGUGCCCAUGGGGUUGCUGUGGAGGAUUCUGUUUUACUUGUAUUUUCCCUGAAGUGCUUUAUUUAUGUACUAAAGACUCCUAAAUCUUUUCCUAGAGGUGAUCCAUGGUGGAAUCCUGAGCUUCUGGAAGAAGAGAGUAGACACUACCUGCACUUGCUUAUUGGGCUUUUUGAGAUGCUCCUCAGCAGAGCAGAGGCUGCUCAUUUCAGGGUUCUGAUGAAGCUUCUCAGGAAGGUCCAUCUAGAAGAUGUUUUUCAGUUAUUCAAGUUCUUUUCUGUUUUGUGGACCUAUGGUUCAAGCCUUUCAAAUCCACUGAACUGCAGCGUGAAAACAGUGCUGCAGACUCAGGCUCUGUACGUGGGUUCUGCAAUGCUGUCUUCUCAGAAGAUGCGGUGUAAACAGCAGUUGGCAUCCACCUCUUCUCCAGUGGUGGUAUCCCUAGUCAUCAAUCUGGGCAACCCUGUAAAGGAAGUUCGUAGGGCUGCUAUUCAGUGUCUUCAAGCUCUCAGAGGAGUGGCCUCGCAGUUUCAGCUAGUCAUAGAUCACCUGGUUCCUAAGGCAGAGGAGAUCACUUCAGAUGCCACCUAUGUCAUUCAGGAUUUGGCCACCUUAUUUGAUGAACUACAGGGAGAAAAGAAACAGAAAUCUCAUCAGAAGUUGUCUGAAACACUAAAAAGCCUUCUUCAUUGUGUAUAUGAGUCCCCAGCUUAUGUUGCAAAAGAUUUGAUGAAAGUAUUUCAGGAAGUCAACAAUGAGAUGGUGCUUACUCAGCUGUUGCCUAUGGUGGAAAAACUACUGGAAAAGAUUGAGAAGGAACCCACAGUUGUCCUGAAAGAUGAGGCCAUUGUUUUGCAUCUCAUGCUGUCAAAAUACAAUGAAUAUUCAGCUUCACUUUUACAUAAGGACCCAAAGAGUUUGGACAUGUUUAUAAAGGCUAUGCAUACAACGAAGGAACUUCACCUAGGAAUGCCAACUGUUCAGAUCACCGCCCUGGAAAAGAUUACAAAGCCAUUUUUCUCAGCUGUGGCUGAUGAAAAGGUUCAGCAGAAGCUUCUGUGCAUGCUUUUUGACCUAUUGGUGAACUGCAGAAAUUCACAGUGCGUUCAGACUGUCAGCAGUGUGUUUAAAGCGAUUUCUGUUAAUGCUGAGCAAGUCAGAACAGAGCUGGAGCCACCAGAUAAUACUAGAUCCUUGGGCACAGUUCAGCAAACAAGAAGGCAGAAAAUGCAGAAAAAAUCACAAGAUACGGAAUCUGUUCAAGAAAUUGGAAGUUCUUAUUGGCAGAGAGUCACCCUUAUACUGGAGUUGCUGCAGCAUAAGAAGAAGCUCAAAGGUCCUCAGAUACUGAUACCAACUCUCUUUAACUUGCUGUCAAGGUGUUUGGAACCUUUAUCACCAGAGCAAGGAAAUAUGGAAUACACCAAGCAGUUAAUCCUUAGUUGUCUGCUGAACAUCUGCCAAAAACUCUCCCCAGAUGGUGACAGAAUCCCUAAAGAUGUUAUAGAUGAGGAGAAGUUCAACGUGGAACUGAUAGUUCAGUGCAUCCGUCUUUCAGAGAUGCCUCAAACCCAUCACCACGCCCUUUUGCUUUUGGGUACCAUUGCUGGAAUAUUUCCUGAUAAAGUUCUCCACAAUAUCAUGUCUAUUUUUACAUUUAUGGGAGCCAAUGUCAUGCGUCUAGAUGAUACUUACAGUUUUCAAGUUAUUAACAAGACUGUAAAAAUGGUCAUUCCAGCACUUAUUCAGUCUGACCAUGGAGACUCCAUAGAAGUCACCAGAAAUGUUGAAGAAAUUGUGGCAAAAAUAAUCGGUGUGUUUGUGGAUGCUCUCCCACAUGUUCCAGAGCACAGACGCCUUCCCAUUCUUGUGCAGCUUGUUGACACUCUGGGUGCAGAAAAAUUCCUCUGGGUACUCCUUGUCCUGCUUUUUGAACAGUAUGUCACUAAAACAGUGUUGGCAGCUGCCUAUGGAGAAAAGGAUGCUAUAUUAGAGGAAGAUACAGAAUUCUGGAUUUCAGUCUGUUGUGAAUUCAGUGUGCAGCAUCAAAUCCAAAGCUUGAUGACUGUUCUUCAAUAUUUAAUAAAGCUGCCAGAGGAAAAAGAAGAAACCACUACCAAGACAGUGGCUAGCAAGAGUGAGACCCAAGAAGAAAUGCUGCCAGUUUUUAAUGUAGACACGCAUACUAGCAAGCAGCUACGUCAUUUUAAGUUUUUGUCGGUGUCCUUCAUGGCCCAGCUCCUGGCUUCCAAUCUGUUCCUCAAAAAGGUGGUUGAAAGUGGUGGUCCUAAAAUUUUAAAAGGCCUUGAACAAAGGUUCCUAGAGACAGUCCUUGGAUAUAUCAACACUGUAGCACAGUCUAUGGAAAAAAAUGCAGACAAGUUGACUGUGAAGUUUUGGCGAGCACUGCUUAGCAAAGCUUAUGACAUGCUGGAUAAGGUGAAUGCCUUGCUACCCAUAGAAACAUUUGUCACUGUGAUUAUUGGGCUGGUGGGCAAUCCCCUGCCGUCAGUGCGCAGGAAAGCCCUGGAUCUUUUGAAUAACAAGCUGCAGCAGAACACCUCCUGGAAGAGGAAAACGGUUUACCGCUUCCUGAAACUGGUUCCAGUGCUUUUGACCAUUGUGCAGCAUAAGGAGACAGAAGAACAGGCGAUAAACAGACAGACAGCUCUGUAUACCCUAAAGCUUUUAUGCAAGAAUUUUGGUGCAGAAAACCGAGAGGCUUUUGUACCAGUGCUCAACACUGCAGUGGAUUUGAUUUCUCCGGAGAGAAAGGAAGAGAAGAAUGUCCUGGGGAGUGCCCUGCUGUGCAUAGCGGAGGUGACCUCCACCCUGGAAGCACUGGCCAUUCCUCAGCUUCCCAGCUUAAUGCCGUCACUGCUGAUGGCUGUGAAAAGCACUAGUGAGCUCAUCCACAGCGAGGUCUGCCUGCUCAGUGCCCUGGCUGCCCUGCAAAAGGUUGUUGAGACUCUCCCCCACUUCAUCAGCCCCUACGUGGAAGCAGUUCUAACCCAGGUGAUUCAUCUGGUGAAAAUCACUAGUGAAAUGGGUUCUGCCUCACAGGCUAGCAUCCGCCUCACAUCUCUUAAAAAGACCCUAGCCACUAGGCUCUCACCUCGAGUCUUCCUGCCAGCCAUUAGCAAAACUUUCAAGCAGAUCCAGAAAACCUGGAAGAAUCACAUGGGUCCGUACAUGAGCAUCUUGCAAGAGCACAUUGGGGUGAUGAAGAAGGACGAGCUCUUGUCUCAUCAGUCUCAGCUGACCACCUUCUUCCUGGAGGCCCUGGACUUCCGAGUGCAACACUCCGAGGAUGAUCUGGAGGAAGUUGGGAAGACGGAGAGUUAUAUCAUUGAGUGUCUGGUGGCCAUGGUGGUGAAGCUCUCUGAGGUCACAUUCAGACCCCUCUUCUUCAAGCUAUUUGAUUGGGCCAAGACAGAAGAUGCCCCAAAGGACAGGCUGCUGACAUUUUACAAUCUGGCCAACCACAUUGCAGAGAAACUGAAAGGUCUUUUCACUCUGUUUGCUGGCCAUUUAGUAAAGCCUUUUGCAGACACCUUGAACCAGGUUAACAUCUCCAAAACAGAUGAAGCAUUUUUUGACUCUGAACAUGACCCUGAGAAGUGCUGCUUGCUGUUGCAGUUUAUCUUGAACUGUUUAUAUAAGAUCUUCCUGUAUGACACCCAGCAUUUUAUGAGUAAAGAGAGAACAGAAGCCUUGAUGAUGCCUUUGGUGGAUCAGCUAGAAAACAGGCUUGGAGGAGAAGAGCAGUUCCAGGAGCGAGUGACAAACUACCUGGUACCUUGCAUUGCUCAGUUCUCUGUGGCCAUGGCAGAUGAUUCUCUAUGGAAGCCUCUGAACUACCAGAUUCUGCUAAAGACAAGAGACUCCUCCCCCAAGGUGCGGUUUGCAGCCCUGAUUACUGUCUUAGCACUAGCUGAAAAGCUAAAGGAGAAUUACAUUGUCCUGUUACCAGAGUCCAUUCCUUUCUUAGCAGAAUUGAUGGAAGAUGAAUGUGAAGAAGUAGAACGUCAGUGCCAAAAGACCAUUCAGCAGCUGGAGGUCACUUUGGGGGAGCCACUCCAGAGCUACUUCUGAAAUGGGAAGGUCUUGGUGCCUCAUACUCUAAUGAGAGUUCAGAUUUAUUUUUCAUAUUUUUAUUUUGAGGGGUGUAGUGCCAUGUUAUUUUUGGUACAUUCACACCAGCAGUUAUUUAAUGUCUUUACAAAAUCCUCAUCUGGUCUGGGCUACCACAUAAGCCUCUCCUGCUGCUUGUACAGUUGCUAAAUAUGAAUAAACAGUCUUUAUACAAAC